AUGCUUUACAGAACACAAAAAGCAAAGGGGACAUUCACCCCUCUGGCAAUCACAGAGGAAAAUGUUCUACACGCGCCAAACAAAAAGUACAUCACCAAAUUUCUCACCACAAAAAUCUUCGACGUGUUUUUCCACUGCUCGCCUACUAUGACCGACCCCAUUACUAAAUUGACGCCUCUCUAUCUGUCCGUCCCAAACAUCCCACGUCACAACAGCAACUAUGACAAUGACAACUACGAUUUAAUAGUAAAAAUGAAUGAUGUCAUAGGGAGUGCCACAAGCUUUGAAGGUCCAUAUUACUCAGCAAAUCCCGACACGGUGUCGCGGUACAAAAUAACAGACCGCUUAGGUCAGGGGAUGUUUGGCCAAGUUUUCAAAGCUCGGGACUUAGUCAAAAAUCGGGAUGUAGCCAUUAAAGUGUUACGGUCGAAGUUUUCCUACUUCCGGCAAGGGAUGUUAGAGGUUGCCAUGUUAUCAUUAUUGAACGACGCGUACGACAAAGAUGGGAAUUACAACACCGUUCGACUAGUCGACCAUUUCUUGUACCAUUCCCAUCUUUGCAUAGUCACUGAAUUACUCGGGAAGAACUUAUAUCAAGCCAUUCAAGAGAGAAAUUAUAAAGGGUUUCCCAUCUCAGUGAUCCGCAGUCACGUCAAGUGUUUACUUCAGUGUUUAGUUGCCUUAGAAGAAGCAAAUAUCGUUCAUUGCGAUGUGAAACCGGAGAACAUCUUGAUCGACCCAGCAACUAAGCGAGCGCGUGUGAUCGACUUUGGCAGUGCUUGUUUCUCGACUUACACGUUAUAUACGUAUAUCCAGUCAAGACAUUACAGAGCGCCGGAAGUCAUAUUAGGGUUACCAUAUAGUUGUGCGAUAGAUGUGUGGAGUGCGGGGUGUAUAUGUGCGGAACUUAUUCUUGGGAUCCCGUUGUUUCCCGGCAACUCCGAAUACAACGAGUUAUAUAAAAUCACUGACAUGUUAGGGCAACCGCCCGACUACAUUUUAGACCAAGGCGCAGCUACACAAAACUUUUAUAAUAAAUUGCCCACGUUAUCGGGGAAGAACAGAUACUUGUUAAAACAGCCGUUUGAGUUUGAAAUGGAGAACGGCGUCGAGUUAGAGCCGGACAAGAAGUAUUUCCGAUAUCGCACCCUCGACGAAUUAAUUAUGAGGAUUCCAAUGAAGUUAUCGGACAACCCUCUUGACGACAAAGGAUCAAUAGCAGAGACACGGCAGUCGAUGUUACACUUCAUUCAAGGGUUACUUCAGUAUGAUCCGGACCUCCGUUGGACUGCUCGACAAGCACUUGACCAUCCAUUUAUUACUCAACAGCCUUUCACUCGAAAUUGGACACCAAAGCCUCGUAAAGUGAAGUCUGUGAAACCAUCUGUGAUGUCUGGUAUAGAGUUCCAACACCGUUGUUUCCCCGGUUUAAAGAUAGAUCAUCGACUGAAUACACAAGAGUACUAUGACAUCUUCAUUUCAGCGUUACAGAAAGGAGAAGUCGUCAACAUCUCUUCCUCUUCACCUUUCCAGUUGGGUCCGAUGACUCCUUAUUCUUUCAGAGAAGUCUACGCUGUCAAGUCAAAAACUCAGACUUCCCCCAUCCCAACCUCAGGAAGUUUCUCAAGGAGGAGUGGCUUGGUCAGAACUCCCGGCCCAAAAACUCCUUCUUUCACUUCCCCUUUCGCUCCACCUAUGGGGUCUUUCCUUUUACCUUCCCCAAAAGCAUUUCCAAUGCGGAUGGCUUCAAAAGGAGACUACGACGACGACAUGACUGCUAUGAGUUUCUGCCCAGGAAAAUUGUCGACCGCUCUUGAGAUGAAACAGAAGCCAAAAAUGGAUUAUAGUGGAAUGUCCGUUAAUAUGGGCUUCUUACCAUCUACCGGCUAUGGAAAACAGAAGGAUGUCGUCAAAGAUGUUCCCAGUGAGGCAAACAUCCCCAUCAUACCCGUCCCCAUUCGAAAAACCCAAGACAAUGAGCCUGACACACCAACUGCAAAUACCGAAUACGCUCCUGUGUUCAUAUUCGAUGAUAUGUGA